UGUGUGGGGUAUUGACUUCAUGGGGCCAUUUCCAUCAUCACAUGGCAACAAGUACAUCCUGGUAGCUGUUGAUUAUGUCUCAAAAUGGGUGGAAGCUAUUGCAAGUCCCACCAAUGAUGCAAGAGUGGUAAUCAAGAUGUUCAAGAGCACCAUCUUUCCAAGGUUCGGAGUUCCAAGAGUUGUAAUCAGUGAUGGAGGGUCUCAUUUCAUCAACAAACUGCUUGAGGGACUUCUCAGGAAGAACGGUGUUAAGCACAAGGUUGCAACUCCUUACCAUUCUCAAACAAGUGGUCAAGUUGAGAUUUCUAACAGAGAGAUCAAGUCCAUUCUCCAGAAGAUUGUGGGGAUUACAAGAAAGGAUUGGUCAGUUAAGCUUGAUGAUGCGCUUUGGGCUUACAAGACAGCUUACAAGACACCUCUGGGGACCACACCUUUCAACCUAUUGUACGGGAAAGCUUGCCAUCUACCAGUGGAGCUUGAGUACAAGGCACUUUGGGCAGUAAAAUUGCUGAACUUUGACAUCAAGAGUGCCAAGGAGAAAAGGCUUUUUCAGCUACAUGAGCUUGAUGAGAUAAGAAUGGAUGCCUUUGAAAACUCAAGGAUCUACAAGGAGAAGACUAAAGCUUUCCAUGACAAGAAUAUCCUAAAGAGAGAGUUUAAAGAAGGAGAUCAAGUUCUUCUCUACAACUCAAGACUGAAGUUGUUUCCAGGAAAGCUUAAGUCAAGGUGGUCCGGCCCUUUCAAGGUCAAAGAGGUUAAGCCAUAUGGAGCAAUAGUUUUGUGGAGUACUGAUGGAAGAGACUUUACAGUCAAUGGGCAAAGGGUUAAGCUCUACAUGGCUGAUGAACCUGAGGAAGAUGGAGUUUCAACUCCACUGUCUGAUCCUACCCCAGCCUAA